AUGGCGAUCAGUGUCCUGAAACAGAUCAUCCAGUCGGCGCGUGCCAAGUGGCAGCUGAAGAAGGUCGCAAUCGCUCACUGCUUGGGAGUGGUCCCUGUAUCGGAGGCCAGUGUAAUCAUUGCUGUGUCCAGCGCUCACAGAAAAGAAUCCCUCGCUGCAGUCACAUUCCUUAUAGACGAGCUUAAAGCGAAGGUGCCUAUAUGGAAGAAAGAGGUGUACGCUGGGCGUAUAGGUGAUCAGGUAAAACCCAGUAGAAGUACAGAUGUUGAAGGUGGUGGUGGUGAGGGUAUUGCACUUGGCGGUGGCACCACCAGUGGGGAAGAAGAAGCUGUUUGGAAGCAGAAUGUAGAAUUCGUUGCGGCUCAUCCAGGAAGCUCUGAAGGCCAUACUCCAAGUUCUUGA